AUGGGCUACGCGUGUCGUAUUCACCUGUCAAAUCCAAGCCCAAAGCUGGAAGGCAAUGAAUUCCUCCAAGCUGAAGAGGAAGCAAAUACAUGGUGGGGAAUUGCAAUUUGCGAAAGAACCUUCUUCUGCGAGCUUGACGACUUUGAUCAGCCUUUUGCGGCAAGGUUUCCAGAUAUCCACACCCAACUACCAAGGGACACAUACUCACCAAACAACGAUAAUCAAUUCAAAACCAGCCAGUCUACAGAUACAGCUGAAGACACCGUUAGGAGUGGAGGAUACGCCUGCAUAGCACAAGCAGCUUGGCUAUUGGACCAAGUAUUCAAAACAAUCGAGCUCACGGAUAUCGAUGCCAAAUUAAUCCAACUUGAUGGACUCGACCAUACACUCCGUACGUUUCUAGCUAUCGUGAUGGAACGAUCCGAAGGGAAAUGGGGCAAGUUCUGUACCGCGAACGCAAUACUUAUCAGGGCGCUUUUCACUUUACACUGGGAAAUCCUCACACAAGUCCAAGAAAUGACCCAUUGUCGACAUAAAUCUCCUGAAGAAUGGCACAAGACAUCAUCCUCGGCAUUGGAUACCCUUGUGAAAAUUAUGGAGGAUAUUGCAGCUACACAGAAUGGGCAUUCUAUAUCUGUAGUUGAGUCAUUACCUCCAAGUCGGGCUUAUUUGAUGCGAGCAGCGCUUCGACAUAUUGAAGAUGCAGAGAUAAAAAGUGAAACAUGGGAACAAACCAAGACACAGCUGGAACUGUCCUUGGCGCAAUUUGAUCAACGCUGGGGUGCUAAUGUCUAA